UCAUCAUCUCAACUUAUCAAGUUAUCAAAGUUCGCAACCGGCUGCUGUAAGUUUAAAGAACCGUGUUCUGCCUCUUUCUUUUUUUUUUUUCGAUAAAAGUUUCACCGUAAAAUUAUUUGAAAUUAUCAUUUUCGAGUCUCUAGAUCACCAUUAUCUGAAUUGUGCCAAGAUGUAUCGUCUACCUAGAAUUUUGAAGUCGUCUGCCUGUCGUCAAAUGUACAGAUGUUACGCCAAAGAUGUGAAAUUCGGUGCCGAUGUUCGAGCUCUCAUGUUACAAGGCGUAGAUGUGCUGGCUGAUGCCGUGGCAGUUACAAUGGGUCCUAAGGGCCGUAAUGUUAUUCUCGAACAAUCGUGGGGCUCUCCUAAAAUCACUAAAGAUGGGGUUACUGUAGCCAAGGGCAUCGAACUGAAAGACAAAUUCCAAAAUAUCGGCGCUAAAUUAGUGCAAGAUGUGGCCAACAACACUAACGAAGAAGCUGGAGACGGUACCACAACCGCAACUGUGUUGGCUCGCGCUAUUGCGAAAGAAGGUUUUGAAAAAAUCAGUAAGGGCGCGAAUCCGGUCGAAAUCAGAAAAGGUGUAAUGUUGGCCGUCGACGCGGUGAAAGAAAAUUUGAAAUCAAUUUCCAGAGAAGUUACCACACCUGAAGAAAUAGCUCAAGUCGCCACCAUUUCUGCGAACGGUGACCAUACGAUUGGAAAUCUGAUAUCCGAAGCGAUGAAAAAGGUUGGGAAAGAUGGAGUUAUCACCGUCAAAGAUGGUAAAACAUUGAACGAUGAAUUAGAUGUAAUCGAAGGGCUGAAAUUCGACCGUGGAUAUAUAUCCCCUUAUUUCAUAAAUACUCCGAAAGGUGCUAAAGUCGAAUAUCAAGACGCUUUAGUAUUAUUCAGUGAGAAAAAAAUUUCCAGCGUACAAUCCAUCAUUCCCGCUUUGGAAUUAGCCAACGCUCAAAGAAAACCGCUGAUUUUGAUCGCCGAAGAUAUAGAUGGCGAAGCUUUAAGCACCCUAGUUGUGAAUAGACUGAAAAUCGGAUUACAGGUUGCUGCUGUGAAGGCACCAGGUUUUGGAGACAAUCGUAAAGCCACUUUGCAAGAUAUGGCUAUCGCUACCGGUGGUAUUGUAUUUCAAGACGAAGCGGAGACUGUCAAAUUGGAAGACGUGCAAAUCACUGAUUUAGGUCAAGUUGGUGAAAUCGUCAUUACUAAAGACGAUACGCUAAUUCUGAAGAGUAAAGGUAAAAAAGAAGACAUCGCUCGAAGAGCGGAACAGAUUAGAGAUCAGAUCAAAGAAACAACGUCCGAUUACGAAAAAGAAAAGUUGCAGGAGCGAUUAGCCAGGUUAGCAUCUGGUGUGGCAGUUUUGAAAAUCGGCGGGUCGAGCGAAGUGGAAGUCAAUGAGAAAAAAGAUCGCGUUAAUGACGCGUUGAACGCUACUAGAGCUGCCGUCGAGGAAGGUAUCGUACCUGGGGGUGGUACCGCUUUAUUACGUUCCAUUAAAAUUUUAGAUAACCUUAAAGUCGGUAACGAUGAUCAAAAGACUGGAGUCGAAAUUGUCCGUAAAGCUCUCCGUAUGCCGUGUAUGACGAUAGCGAAAAAUGCUGGAGUUGACGCGGCUGUGGUUGUAUCGAAAGUUUUGGACGGCGCUGGAGAUUUCGGAUAUGAUGCUCUCAACGACGAAUACGUUAAUAUGAUAGAGAAAGGAAUUAUCGAUCCUACUAAAGUGGUCCGAACCGCAUUGACGGACGCUGCUGGCGUUGCAUCUUUGCUUACAACUGCCGAAGCUGUUGUCACCGAAAUACCGAAAGAAGAGCCGCCAAUGGGUGCUGGCGGUAUGGGUGGAAUGGGUGGAAUGGGAGGCAUGGGAGGUAUGGGUGGCAUGAUGUAAUGCGCUGAACUCUGAAGGUGCGCGGAUAUUUUCUUCCAUUUCAAAUUCCACAGCAAGCAACGCGAAAAGAACAUUCAGUAUUUUAGAGGUUCAUUCAUUCGUACGGUUUAUUACGAGUCCGUUGAACAUUCUGUUGGUAAUGCGGUAUCAACGUAUUUGUGUAAAAUUUUCAUCAACUCUGCGAAUCAUAUACAUUACAGCAUGCGUUUGUUAUUUUUGUGCCUGUAUUACGUUACAUUCUUAGAACAAAUGAUGUAGUAGACUUUAAUUUUAAGUUGUGUCGAAAGUGUUCCGAACGUUAAAAAUGUAUGUAAAUUCUAUUUUAAAGAUUGUUUUGUAUCAAGUUAAUUAUUUAUUAGAUUGUAUCAAAAAAAAUUUUUACGGUAAACUA